AUUAAGUUUACGGAAAAAAUCGCAACUUCCGGAACGGAUUGUGUUUUGUUUUUCGAUGAAUAAUUCACCUUCCUGGUGUGAAGACUUCCUUGUCAGGAGGAAAUUGAAGUGGACCGUUUAAAGCAGAAUACAGGGACGGUGAGUGGGUCAUCAGGCAGUCUCCCUAUGUCAGGCCGAAACGGGUCUGCAAGUGAUGCAGACUGCCCGAUCUCAGAGGACUGUCAAGUCCCGGAUGUGGAGCUAAUGGAGCUGGGGCCGCUGCUGGAGGAGGGAGGGGUUCGACAGUCCACCUCCAAAGGCAUCCAUGCAGAGGGAGCAGCGAUGCUAGCGGAUGAGGAGGAGGAGGAUGAUGAUGAGGUGGGAGAGGUCCUGACCUUGCCACUUCAGGCGCACCACGCCAUGGAAAAGAUGGAAGAGUUUGUACACAAAGUUUGGGAGGGGCGCUGGAGAGUCAUUCCCUUCCAUGUCCUGCCAGAGUGGCUCAAGGACAACGAUUACCUCCUACACGGGCAUCGGCCUCCCAUGCCUUCGUUCCGGGCCUGCUUCGGAAGCAUCUUCAGAAUUCACACCGAAACUGGCAACAUUUGGACUCAUCUGUUAGGGCUGAUUUUAUUCCUGUGUCUGGGCACGUUAACCAUGUUGCGGCCCAACAUGUAUUUUAUGGCCCCGCUGCAAGAAAAAGUGGUGUUUGGGAUGUUCUUCCUGGGCGCUGUGCUGUGCCUCAGUUUCUCCUGGCUAUUUCAUACCGUCUACUGCCACUCUGAGAAAGUGUCCCGCACCUUCUCCAAGCUUGACUACUCAGGCAUUGCCCUCCUCAUCAUGGGCUCCUUCGUGCCCUGGCUGUACUACUCCUUCUACUGUUCUCCUCAGCCUCGACUUAUCUACCUCACCAUUGUUUGUGUACUCGGCAUUGCCGCCAUCAUUGUGGCCCAAUGGGACCGGUUUUCCACACCUCGACACAGGCCCACAAGAGCAGGUGUGUUUAUGGGUCUGGGACUCAGCGGCAUUGUUCCUACCAUGCACUUCACUAUUGAAGAGGGCUUUGUUAAGGCCACCACAGUGGGCCAGAUGGGUUGGUUCUACCUGAUGGGGGCCAUGUAUAUCACUGGUGCUGGUCUGUAUGCAGCCAGGAUCCCUGAACGCUAUUUCCCUGGGAAGUGUGACAUAUGGUUCCACUCCCAUCAAAUUUUUCACGUUCUGGUCGUGGCAGCAGCAUUCAUCCAUUUCUACGGUGUUUCUAAUCUCCAGGAGUUCCGUUACGGCCUGGAGGGAGGAUGCACAGAUGACUCUCUGCUCUGAGAGGCCUGACUUGUGACUUGUUUUUUUCUUUAUAGCCCCUGCAAGCACCACACACACACACACACACACACACACACACACACACACACAGUAAAAAUGCUGCUGGAAUUCCAUAUUGUUACUUAUUGAUCUUUAUCUAUGUCUAAUUUGCUCACAGGGUGUGAGGGCUUUGGUGUUAUUAUUUUCCUCCAUUCCUCCGGCUUAUUUUUGCUCCAACAAAGUAGCAUUAACUAGCCAAUGAGCAUUAACAGGAGUCUUCAACAGUCACUACGACUUGGUCAAUAAUAAAACUUGAAAGUUGCAUCCCAAGGAAAAUCAGUUGAAUUACAAAAAAAACACAUUGGCCUCAUAGUCUGUCAGUAUGUGACGUAGGGUAACACGAGUAUUGUUAUAAGUGCUGUAGCAGUGGGAACCAAUCAUUUUGUCUUGGCUUGAGGAUGAAUGUACUUUUCGUUGUUUUGGUGCGGGACAACACUCCAGGUCAAUUUAAAAUGUAAAGGGGCCACACACAUGUAUAUGAAUACGAUACAUAGGUGCUGUGUACCGAUAUACCGGAUGUGUUUUUACUCUACGAGCAAUUAUUGUGCAGCUGUUGGAACAAAAUAUGGCGUAGUACCACAAACCAAUCUAUUAUUACCCCACUGCAGCAGGAGUGGAAGAUUCGGAAAGCCCAGCUAAUGCACUUAAAUUUUACGAAAACAGUCACGAAAUGUAUAUGAUUUGAAUUUACAUACGUGAUUGAAUAGCACAUCUAAUGCUCAUUCAGUAAUGGAAAAAAAUGAAUGAGUGACUUCAGACCCAGAAUUUUUUUAUGCUGCCAUUUCUUUGAACUGUUGUUAUAGCAUGAAAACAUGCGUUUACUUUCAUUUGAUACAUUCCUCUAUCAGAGAAGAAGAAGAAGAAAAGACCGGAUUAAAGCAUGUAAAUUAACUUCCCCGGCAUUAUUUUUUCAGUCAGACAACACGUCUUUUCUAAUGUCUAGAUUUAGCUCCUAUGGGCCACGCACAAUGUACAGUUCUGGAUGGGUCAUAUUGUGUUUUUGUCAGUUGCGAGCUUCCUUUUUGUGUUAGAUUUCAGAUGCAAUCUGGGGUGUAAAUAGCGAAUUGCACCUCCUGUGUGUUCUUAAAAUUGGAGACUUUUAAUUGACGUAUGGGGUUUAAAAUGUGUUAACGUGUGAUUGAUAUAAAUCUUUAGUAUUCCUGUGCCUUAGGCCAAUGGGAACGUUUUAAGUAAAAUGGCCUAUCUUAACAGUCAAGGAAUCCACAAUGAUUUCCAAAUGUAGGCUCGUCUUGUUUUCCUUGCCAUAUACAAUCAAAUCAUCAUUGAAACUACAACCCCAUGGAUAGGUUGUAUCAACUGCUGUUUAAGACUACUUUUUCUAGAUCAACUUAUUCAAGCUUUAUUACAAAGACUAAAACUAUGUGUAUCCUUGACUUUGUGUUAUGUCCUGUGUAGAAGGUGAAAAAUCAUACAUUUCAUUGAAAUGUAGGCGUAACUAUUUAUUAAUCGUUAUCUUGGAAAAAUACU